CACCAUCAAUGUGCAGUGGAGAAUUUGGUCCCCCAAACAGUACUAAGGUUUACCCAAGCAAUACAAAAAGAUGGUGGUGUGUGGGGGUCCCACAGUGUUACGGGACCUUCUAGGGGCGGACACGGAGCCAACCUGGAAGGAUGAGGAGGUUUGCGUUGUGGGACUUUUCGGUAAGACGGCGCUGGCCCAGGGCAGCUGGCACAAAUGCUCUCUCAUAAACUCUCUGUGCGACCGGCACAUUUUCCCGCUGUUUCACCGCGCCCCUGAGAGGCCCUCCGAGCGUAGUCUCUUCCAGACCUAUUACGAGCAGGAGUCCCGGGUGCUGUACGUCCUUCUGGCAGGGCUGAGUGAUACGGGCUCGCUGCUGAAGGCUUGUGAGGAGCUGAGCCGCGGAGUGUCCCAUGCAGAGGCUCACGAGUGGUGGAAGGAUGAGGAGAAGUUGUACUGCAUGCACCUGCUCUAUCUAUUCUCAGUGUGCCAUAUCCUGGUUCUGGUGCACCCUACCUGCUGCUUUGAUAUCACCUAUGAGAAACUGUUCAGGGCUUUGGAUAGUCUCAGGCAAAAGAUGUUGCCAUCACUGAAGCCAAGCUUAAAGGAUUGUGCUGUGGGUCUGGACUGGAAACUCAAUGCCAGACCUUGUCCUCCCAGGCUGCUCUUUAUCUUUCAGCUCAACGGAGCUCUUAAAGUAGAGCCAAAGAGUCAAGGCCCACAAACCAACGAGAAACCCAAGAAGCACUCUCCAAAGAGAAGACUGCAGCACGCUUUGGAAGACCAGAUCUACCGCAUCUUUAGAAAAAGCAGAGUCCUGACUAACCAAUCAAUCAAUUGUCUAUUCACUGUGCCUGCUAAUCAGGCCUUUGUGUAUAUUGUGGCCGAUGAAGAUGAAGAUCCUGUAAACAUGCUACUGGAGGGUUUGAGGCACAAUUGCACUUUGAAAGACACAGAGUCUUUGGUACCUAUAUCUGGUCCUAGACGUUAUCAAAUGAUGAGACACACGCGCCAACUGUCUUUCACGGUUGAAAAUAACACAAGUCUAUCUGGUCAGUUGGUUGACUGCACCCUAAGAGAGUUCCUGUUCCAGCAUGUGGAGCUGGUUCUCACAAAAAAGGGAUUUGAUGACAGUGUAGGAAGAAAUCCACAGCCAUCUCACUUUGAGCUCCCAACAUACCAAAAGUGGGUUAGUGUGGCUUUAAAACUGUAUGAAAUUAUCAUUGAAAAUAAAGAUGAUGACCCCCCUGCUUUUCCUGGUGGAUUCCCCCCAAAGCUUCUUGCUAACAUGAAGGUCUUAGAAGGUUAUCUGGAUGCGGACACCAAGUUCUCAGAAAACAGAUGCCAAAAAGCUCUACCUAUGGCACAUAGCGCUUAUCAGUCUAAUUUGCCCCAUAAUUACACCACAACUGUCCAUAAAAACCAGCUUGCCCAGGCCCUACGAGUAUAUAGCCAGCAUGCCCGGGGACCUGCUUUUCAUAAAUAUGCCAUGGUUCUUAAUGAAGAUUGUUAUAAGUUCUGGAGCAGUGGGCAUCAGCUUUGUGAAGAAAGGAGCUUGACAGAUCAACACUGUGUACACAAAUUUCAUUUGCUGCCUAAAUCUGGGGAAAAAAUUGAACCAGAGAGAAAUCCACCAAUCCUCUUCCACAACAGUCGGGCGCGUUCCACAGGCAGCUGUAAUUGUGGAAAAAAACAGGCACCACGAGAAGAUCCAUUUGACAUAAAAAGUGCAAACUAUGAUUUUUAUCAGAUACUGGAAGAAAAAUGUUGUGGAAAGUUGGAUCACAUCACCUUCCCCAUAUUCCAGCCCAGCACACCUGACCCAGCUCCUGCAAAAAAUGAGGCUUCACCUGCUGCACAUGAUGGUGAAGUUGAAGGAGAAAAGAUGAAGGAUAAGGAGCCACAAACUCAGGGAGAAAGUACUAGCCUAAGUUUAGCUCUAAGCCUGGGCCAAUCCACUGACAGUUUGGGCACAUUCCCAGAGGGCCCAAAGGCAGGAGGGGACAAUACAGAAGCUUCGGGCCAUGGGACAGAUGAGAAGGUUGAAAAAAGGCCAAGUUUAGUAGAUCGUCAAGCCUCAACUGUAGAAUAUCUGCCUGGCAUGGUACAUUUAAAUUCACCAAAAGGACUUUUACCUAAAUUCUCUAGUUGGGCUUUGGUAAAACUUGGUCCUGCUAAAUCCUACAAUUUCCACACUGGAUUAGACCAUCUUGGCUUUAUUCCAGGAACAAGUUACUUGAUGCCUUGGGACAUUGUUAUUCGCACUAAGCCAGAAGAUGAAAGUGACCUUGACACAAACUCUUGGCCAGCUCCCAACAAGUCCAUCCCUGGAAAAAGAAAUUCUGUAGUAAUGGGGCGGGGACGUAGAAGAGAUGACAUUGCAAGGGCAUUUGUAGGUUUUGAGUAUGAGGAUUCUAGGGGACGGAGAUUUAUGUGCUCAGGACCGGACAAAAUAAUGAAGGCAAUCGGUAAUGGACCCAAAGAAUCUGCAAUCAAAGCACUCAACACUGACAUGCCAUUGUAUAUGCUAUCACCAUCACAGGGCAGAGGGCUUAAACCUCAUUAUGCUCAGCUUAUGAGACUGUUUGUUGUCGUCCCAGAUGCUCCUGUACAAAUUAUAUUGGCUCCUCAGGUGCAGCCGGGACCUCCUCCAUGCCCUGUCUUUGUCCCUGAAAAACAGGAAAUCACCCUUCCUUCUGAUGGACUGUGGGUUCUUAGGUUUCCUUUUUCUUAUGCCUCAGAACGUGGGCCCUGUUACUCUCCCAAGGAAAAUCAGCAGCUUCCAAGCUACAAAGUCAUGAAAGGAAUACUGCGAACUGUCACUCAGUAAAGUGUACUCCAUACAGUCCCAUAUUUAAUUGGGAUUACUUUUGUGAUUAUUCAUGGUCAGACAGAAGCUCUCUGUUUCACAGCCAACAAUAUUGUAUUGCAUUUGCAUGCAUCACUCUCCUUUUUUUCUGUAAAACAAAAAAAACCCAAAACAUUUUUGAUCUACAAUUAUGUGCAAAUCUAAACUUUAUUGUAGUAUGGUCUAACCCAAGCUCUAUCAAUAAAAGUACUUGUGUUUCUUA